GAGGUCACGUGAAGGGCAAACAUGGCGGCGCCCACAGGCUCCCUACCCACGUUGCGGGGAGCUUGAGCCGUGCUGGAGGCUGCUCCGCGACGUCUCCACCGCCGGAUCGGAGCACCAGAGGUAAAUUUCCCCGCCUCCUGAGGACAGCUUUAACUUUGCACCCAAAAUUUUGGCCUCAAGAUGGAACAUAAUCAAGAGAAUACGGACAGAAGAUUAAGAAUCAAUGACGUCAUAGCCAGAAAAGUGAAACAACUUCCAGAAUCUGAUCAGAAUUUACUUAUGACUGGAUCAGCAUAUGUUGGAGUAAAUGCAGCUUUUUGCGGCCUAACGGCAAAUAGUUUUUUCCGACGCAUCUUAAAUGUGACACAUGCUCGCAUAUCGUCAGCUUUACCAAUGGCUGUUCUCCCCUUUAUGUCAACCUAUGUAAUUUACAAAACUGUUGUGAGUUUACCUUUGAGUUCAGGUGACUUAAACUGUGAAGCCUGUACUGUAAUAAGAGGUGGAUUGGUUGGUCUGGUAAUCGGUGGUCUCUACCCUGUUUUUAUGGCUAUACCAAUAAAUGGUGCCCUAGCAGCCAGGUACAACUCAGCUCCACUACCACAGAGAGGAAAUAUUUGGACCUACUGGAUCAGAGUCUCUCGACCUGUCUUUAGAAAGAUGGCCUUUCCCAUAAUGCUGCAGACUGCAUUUGCAGCUUAUCUUGGAUCUAAACAGUUUGAAGUAAUCAUUAAAGCAUUUGAAUUACCUGAACCUGGCUUUCAGUUCGAGGAUAUUCAAAAUAAAUCAAGCACACAGCUAAAUGAAUAAAAUUAUGAAAAAGAAACUAACUCGGCAAAUAUACGAAUAAAAUUGUACUUAUUGUAAUUUUACUAUGACUUAUCUAUGUAUUCCCUGAAACUAGCACAUCAAAAGCAAUGCUUCUAGUCAAGAAACACUAUUGUUGAACAGAGUCUAUGAUCCCUUUCAAAAAUAACUGAUACAGAUACAUUAACUUUAGGGAGGAAAGCAGAUGAAUUAUUGCAGAUGAACAAUAAAUCAAAAAAGUUUGAGGAAUUAAUGAGAUAAUUGAGAAUACAAGGAUAUUCUAGGUAGACCGUGUUAAUAUUUAUAAAAUCUAUCUCCUUCACCUACUCAAGUUGUUUCUAUAGCUUUUAACAGUUUUUCCUCAAGAGCUGGAAGAAGUCUCCGAGAUCCAACUAGUUUAGUUUUAUC